GAAGAGGAGGGGGCGUGACCAGGUUUUUCCUUGACAGUCGUAACGUAGUAGCAGGUUUUGGUACCCAUCACUGAAAUAUUUUACAAAUCAAUCAGCUCCUUUAAGAGCCAGUUUCUUUUUCCUCCUCUCUCUUUCCUGUUUUGAUUUAUUUGUGCUUUUACUUUAUACUUAUAUUAUCUAAAAACAUCUACAAAUGGCAUCGGAGUCAUUAAAACAAUUCAAUGAAUGGCUGGAAGCAGCAAAAACCAUGGCUGAUGAGUUGGAAACCCAAAAAACUAAAAAGAAAAGGAAAAAAAGGGGCACUGAAGUCUCCACUGUUUCCUGGAGGAAGAGAGACCAGCAUGGGAACAUCCUUCCACAACGUGUCAGGAAGAAUCGAUCUGUUAAACCUGCCAGCACUAGGGAGCUCUCAGAGGUUGAGGAGGUGCAAAUAAAUGACAUUCCGCAACAGGGUCCAAGUCUUGAUCAACAUCUUCAGAAGCUAAAAGACCUGUUAACUUCUGUCAUUGUCUCUGCAUCAGUGGAAGUAGAAGAGACACCUACCUUGUCUGCAUGGACCAAAAGACAGGUCAUCUCUGAAAGAAAAUUCAGGGCUGCAAUGCCAGAGAUCUUAAAUGGCAUGUUGGUUGCAGAGACAGUAACCCAGCAUUGCUGUCAACAAUGCAAAACUGUUGAUGCUGUUGUCCGGUGCCUAGACUGUGUUCCCUCAGGAAAUCAGUUUUUCUGUUCAACAUGUGACACCGAGAUCCACAGAAAAAAUGUUUUUCAUGAUAGGGAAGCUAUGUUUGAUGGUUUUUUAAAACCUAUUCCACCAACAUCCUUAGUGGUGGUUGAUGAAAGUGGUCAGUAUCAACUCAGUGAACAAGUGUGUAUGCUUCCAAUUCCUCUACCAAUGCAAAUCUGUUCCUGUGGUCCAAACCAAGACUUCACAGUUCUCCCAGGAAAGCAGACUGUAUUGGUGACUAUCAACGGUUCAUACAACCUGUGUCUGCCGUGUAUAAGCUGCCCACUUUGUCCUUCUAAAUGGACUCCUGGGGUUAGUGACUUGCUUGAAUGCAGAUACUGGCCAGCAACCACCAGCUGCCAAAUGCUGUUCAAAUUUGAUCUGUUCACAUCAUUUGAGCAGAUGAAAUUAGCCAGCCCAGCUUUAUCCCAACAAGCAUUUAUAAGGAUGCUUGAACAUCGAUCUCUUUGCACUGGUCGGACGGGUAGUAUUUGUGAUGAUACAUUCCAUAGAGCCUUUCGGGAGUUUGCCUUCUGCAACUUUAAGAAAGAAGAUCUGUGCCUGAUGGAGCCCUUUAAAUGCCCAGCAUGCACACCAGACAUGCUGGCUAUAUCUGUAGACGGUAAUAGAAAACAUUACCGGUUCAAAAAGUCAAAAGGGACAGACGAACCAUCUCUUUUUGAUGGACUGUUCAUUGCUCCAGAUGCCAAAGUAUCUGCGUUUGUUGACCAAAUAAGAAGCCAGAUGUUAAGUAGGACCGGUCAUGAUGUCUGCGGACCAGCAACAUUUACAGCAGGCAGAGAAAUAUCACAGAAGUCCAGGGCCAAGGUGGACGAAGAGGGCCUUCAAAUAGCUGUGUGCAGACAUGGAAUCUUGCUGCAAGGCUUGAAUCACUACCGUGGUGAAAUAUAUGCCUACCCAAUGUUCCUGCAGAAGGAGCUGGCACAAGCUGCAAAUGCAACAUUCUUUUGUAUGGACAUUGCUUGCAGGUACUGGCCUUAUUUGGAAAAGAUGGCAGAGAAGUUAUCUGAGCUCCAACCACUGACCAUGAUGAAGCCUUUUCUCUCUGUAAUGCAUGCCAAGGCUCACACUGGCAAAUGUGAGCAGGUAAGGUGGGGCGGUAGAAGCCAGGAUGGUGCAGGAAAUACUGUUGGUGAAGAGGUGGAACAGGUCAAUAGCUUCCUUUCAAGGGCAGCUCUUACUACAAAGUACAUGACCAAGUCAGGCAGAGGAGAUAUGAUAACUGUGCUUGCCAUGGGAUGGAACCAUAGGAAGGUGCAGAGUCUUCACAAGACACUGGCGAAAAGAUUUGUCAAAACUACACAAAGAGCAGAAUUUGAAGCAGCCAAUCUUGAGAGUCUCAAGCAGGAGUUAAACAUCUCUAUGGAGGAUGCAGAUCGGUGGGUGUGUGAUGUCAAGCAAUGGGCAGCCACUGAGAGACGCAGUACUCACAGUAGCCAGGAAGAGCUCCAGGGAGAAAUCGAUGAGAUUAUUUAUUCCAUCCGAAGAAAGAAGCAUGAUCUGUAUCGGCAAAAUGACAGCAACCAAACAAGGCAACGCAAACGGAGGAGACUUGGUGAGCUCAAAAAGACACUUAGAGAGAAGAUAGUGCUGUACAACACCAUUCCUGGCUGUGAAGAGAAAAUCGACACCGAAGCAGCAUGCAGUCUCUCUGAUGAUUUUAUUCUGCCUUGGGAAGCACAAGGAGAUGUGGUGAGUCUCCGCUUGAAGAGGCGAGUGUUUGACCAAGUCAUGCUGGUAAGGCGGAUGGAGGAGGAGAAGAUAAUAAUUGUAAAAGAGAUGACUCAGCAUUAUCAACAUCUAAAAAAAACAUUGGAGAAACUGGACAGUCUCCUUCGGGAGACUAAAGAGGACAUCAAGAUCCGUAAUCCACCCAGAGAGCUGACCAAAGAGGCACACAGGGGGCUAUACUGCUGUCUCUUACACAAGCGGCACAUUCUGCAUCAAAAACUUGCAGCAGUCACCAGCACCUAUGGCAGUGUCAACAACACAGACCCUUCCUUCUUCAUGCUGGAGGAAGAUGUUGAAGAGGAGAGUGAGGACAACAGCAGUCCAGAACUUUCUGAAGAAGAGUCUUAAAGUUUUAGCAUAACAUUGGAAGAAUUAAAUCUUCCAAAAAUCAGACUCUUGAGUUUUGAGUCUGGAAAUUAAAUAUUUUUCAGAUGAAUUAAAUAAUAAAUUAGUAAAAGUCAUUCUAACCCUGAGCUACUGUGUCUGUUGUUGUUUUUUUUCUCUCACCAACAUGUUCAAAUUCUUUGCAGAUUUGGAUAACAGAAGGCUCUACAUUAUCCAUGUGCCACAUUGUGUCACCAUUGUUGCUUGCUUGUUACUUUAAUAUUUCAGAUUUUACUUGUGGCAUUACAUUACACCUGAACUGUUAAAACUAAUUUGUUAUUAUUUA